AUGUUGGUUCCCGUUCCAAUAAACGCCUUGGGUCCCGACGCGUUUCGGGAAAGCCGAACGGUGACCGGGACAGCCGAGGGGGUCAAGGCGGGCCCGAGCACGGGCGAGGCCGCGUGGGGCGAGGCGGGAUCCGUGGUCUGGGAUUCGGGGUUCUCGGCUGUUCCCUGGCAGCCGUCCUCACUCACCAGCGUGCCUCGACCUCAGCGCCCUGACGCUCUGUCAGGAGAGGCGCCGUCCGGCUCGGGCCGGGGCCCGGGCGAGGACGGGACCACCGGGACGCAGAAGGAGGCGGCGACGGCGGACGCCAAGACCCAGGAGCGCGUCGUCCCCAUCCGGGUGCGAGGGGUGGCUCAGGCCGCUCGGAACGAGGCCGAGGUGAUCUGGGAUAUCCAGAGCCAAGUGUACGUGGAGACGGUGCAGAGGACCCGCCUGUUUCCGGCGGCCGGAGGACCCAGCCCGGGCGAGGCCCGCGACUCCCGCCCCACGCCGCCCGCCUGGCUGGACCCCGAGGGAGGGGUCCCUCCCUACGUGCAGGUGACCAUCGAGGACCUGAAGGCCCGCGCCGGGGAGCCGGCCACAUUCCGGACGGUCAUCGAGGGGAACCCCCAGCCGACGGUGGCCUGCGCUGUUUCUGAAAGCGCGUUUCCUGUCACCUCCCGUCUGCUUCAGGACAACGAUCUGCUGACGGACAGUGCCAGGGCACUCCAGAAGAAGGAGGGCCUCGUCUACACUCUCACCCUGAGCGGUGUCACCCCACAAGACAGCGGCGUCUACACCUGCCUGGCCAGAAACUCGGGCGGCGAGGUGGCCUGCAAAGCGGAACUGUUGGUCCAUGGGGGUGAGAAGACGGGUGGACCCCCAGGAGAACCCGGCCCGGGGGCCGGGCAGCAGAGUUCCCGGAGGAAGCUCCAUUCCUUUUACGAAGUCCAGGAGGAGAUCGGCAGGGGCGCGUUCGGCUUCGUGAGGCGAGUGACGCACAAGGGGAACGGGGUGGCCUGCGCGGCCAAGUUCCUCCCCCUGCGGAGCCGGACGCGGGACCAGGCCUACCGCGAGAGGGCCGUCCUCGCCCCCCUGGACCACCCUCGCAUCACCCGCUUGCUGGAUGACUUUGAGACCAAGAAGACCCUGGUUCUGAUCCUGGAGCUCUGCUGCACCGAGGAGCUGCUGGACCGUCUGUUCCAGAAGAACGUGGUGACGGAAGCCGAGGUGAAAGUGUACAUCAAGCAGAUCUUGGAGGGGCUCCGGUACCUGCAUGCCAACGCCGUCCUCCACCUGGACAUCAAGCCUCCGAACAUCCUCAUGGUGCACCCCGGCCGCGAGGACCUCAAGAUCUGCGACUUCGGCUUGGCCCAGAAGGUCACGGGCCCCGAGCCGCAGUACAGCCAGUUCGGGGCUCCCGAGUUCGUCUCCCCGGAGAUCGUCGCGCAGAACCCCGUGUCCGCUGCCUCCGACAUCUGGGCCGUCGGUGCCAUCGCCUACCUAAGCCUGACCUGCACAUCGCCGUUCGCCGGGGAGAGUGACCGGGCCACCCUGCUGAACGUGCGGCAGGGGAAGAUCUCCUGGGCCGGCCCGAGUGCCGCCCACCUGAGCCCAGCCGCCAAGGACUUCCUCCGAGGGAUCUUCCGCCUGGUGCCCCGGGAGAGACCCGAUGCUGCCCAGUGCAUUGCCCACCCGUGGUUUGCAGAGAACGUCCCCGCGGAAGAGGCCCGCUUCAUCGACACCAAGCAGCUCAAGUUCACCGUGGCCCGCAGCCGGUGGCAGCGCUCCCUGAUGAGCUACAAGUCCGUCCUGGUCAUGAGGUCCAUCCCCGAGCUCCUGCAGGGAGCCCCCGACAGCCCGUCCCUGGGGGUCUCGCGCCACCUGGUCCGAGAGGACAGCCGCUCCACCGGCAGCUCCCUGUCCGACGACGAGCUCGCCGGCUACGCCCGGGCCGGGGAGCCGCCCGCGUCGCCGGGACGGCCCUCGCCCCGCGGCGGCCCCCUCCGGGCCUCCCCGAGCCUCCCCGAGGAGCAGGCCGGGGCCCCGGAGGCGACCGCCGGCGAGGGAGCGGCCGGCCCGGCGGGGAGGGCCGCCGAGGGCGCCGAGGCCGGGGAGCACGGGGGCCCCCGCCCUCUCCCCUCGGGCUGCGUGCCCCGGGGCAGCGUCAUCCAGAGCACCUUCUUCAGCGAGGCGGGCGAGAGCCCGGAGCGGGACUCGAGGCGGCACCUGGAGCGUGCCCGGCAGAGCCUGCUGCGGGGCCGGUACUCCCAAGGGACCCUGCGCGGCCUGCGGGAGCCUCUCCUCGAGCACCUCGAGAUGGAGGCGGAGGAGGCCGGCGGCGGGGACGGCCGGAGAGGGGCCGGGGGCCAGGCCGGCGCGCUGACCAAGGCGCCCUCCUUCGAGUCGGCCCUCAGGCUGCCGGGGCCCCCCUCUCUCGGCCCCGGCCGCAGCCGCUCGCUCGAUGACCACGAGCCACGGACCGCCGGCCCCUUCCCGGGGACGGACGGGCGGCGGGAGGGCGGGUCUCCGGCGGCCAAGCCCCCGCUUCCCGGGGCCUCGCCGAGCCGAGAAGCCCGAGGGGACCCCCGCCCUCAGGCAGCCUCGGGGUCGGGCCGGGCGGGCGGCCGGGCGGAGUCCAACCCGUUUCUGUCGCCGGGGGAGGGCCCCCGGGAGGGGGCCCGACCCCUAACCCCGACCCCGGCAGCCCCAGAGGGCAGCCGUACGGACCGGCCGCGGGACCGGUUCUCCCCCGAGCCCCGGGACGGGGGCGCCCCCCGGGCGGCCGAGACGCCGGCCGGCCCGGGCGCGGAACCGUGGCGCGAGGAGCGGACGGGCCUGCUCCGGGGCCCCGGCCUCUAUGGGUCCGCCCGGCCGGAGGGCGGGCUCUUCAUGGCCUCCAUCCCGGAGGACUCUGGGGACGAAGCCCCCGGCGGCUCAAACCCUCUCCCCGGCCCCACGGCGGGGGCCGCCGGAUCCCGGGCCGCGGUCCGGCCGGGGGAGCGCCCGGAGGGGCCCCGCAAGAGAGCCAACCCCUUCCUGCCCGGCGUUCUGCGGUCCUCCCCGCCCCAGUCCGGUUCGGCCCCCUCGGCCGCGCCGACGGGAGACGCGUCCGACAGCAAGAAGCCACGGCCGUCCGUGACCGGCGAGGCGGGGUCCUCCCUCCCGGGAGCCACCGCCCCCCCGGGCUCCCCGGGGUCCAGCUCUGAGCACGGCCACUCCGAAAGCGGCGCAGAGGCCACGCGGGGCGAGGCGGCGGCCCGGACGGACCCGAGGUGGCCGCCCGUCCUCCGGGCGGCAUGGGGGAGCCGCCGCCCAUCCGCGGCCCUCGGAGGCUACGUGCCGUGGGUGGCCGAGGCCAGGGCCGCCCAGGUGACGUUCGGCGGGGCGGCCUUGGGGGCCGGCCUCGGUGGCUCGGGAGAGUUCGCCUCGUGGGAGGACUUGGGCCGCGGCUCGGAGGUGUCCCUGGUGCACAUCACAGACCUCUCGGGCCUCGCCCCGGCUGGCAGCUCCCCGGCCUCGGGCGACACCGAGUCGCUGGACAUCUCCGAGGUGGACCCGGCCUACCUGAAGCUGUCCGACCUCUACGACAUCAAGUACCUCCCCUUCGAGUUCCUCAUCUACAGGAGGGUCCCCCGGGCCGCCGCCGGGGAGGGGCCGGAGGACGAGGGGGCCGAGCCCGACCCGUGGGAGACAGGCCCCGCGGCCCCCCGGGCCCCUCCGCGGCCCGCGGGUCCGGAGUCGGCCGAAGCCUCCGAGGCGGAGACGGCGGGAGAGGAGUCGGGGGCGGUCGGGGGCCCGGAGCCCGCCGAGCGGAGGAAGAGGAGGAGGCCCUCCCCGCCCGGGCUCCUCGGCUGCCCGGGGUGGUACGGGCCCCUGGACGAGGACGAGGACGAGGACGGGGCCCCCGGGGCCGGGCCUGGCCUGAAGGAGAAGGUGAAAGCAUCCGUGGCCCACAUCUCCAGGAUCCUCAGAGGGCGGAGAGGAGCAGGUCCCGAGGGCGAGGCGGAGUCACGGCGGAAACGGGGGCUCGCGCCGCUCGGACUCUCUGGCCUCAAGAGCCAAGAUCGAGCGCCGUCGUUCGUGAAGGAGCUCGGGGAUGAGACGGUCGUGCUGGGCCAGUCCGUGACUCUGACCUGCCAAGUCUCCGCCCGCCCCGCCGCCCAGGCCCACUGGUUCAAAGACGGGACGCCCGUUCCGACGGGCGGCCGGGUCCUGAUCUCAUCCACGCUGAAGAACUUCCAGCUCCUGACCAUCCUGGUGGUGGGCCCCGAAGACCUCGGGGUCUACACCUGCUCCGUGUCCAACGCCCUGGGAUCGGCGUCCAGCACGGGUGUCGUGCGGCAGGCAGAGAUCCCCGGCGCGCCCCCGCGGCCCGACGUGGGCGAGGUGCAGGAGCGCGGCGUGCUGCUCGUCUGGAAACCCGCCGAGUCCCACCCGCCGGUGACCUACAUCGUGCAGUGCAGGGCCCAAGGCGGGGAGUGGACCGCCCUGGCCUCCGACAUCUCCGACUGCUGCUACCAGGCGGGCGGCCUCUCGCCGGGCGUGGCCUACGCCUUCCGGACGGCCUGCGUCAGCAAGGCCGGGAUGGGCCCGUACAGCGGCGCGACGGAUGAGGUCCUGAUCGGGGAGUCCGACUGGCUGGGUGAGGCCCGUCCCCGGGGUCGCGGAGGAGGGACCCCGCCGGGGCCCUCCUGACUCCGCUCCAGGACUUUUGAGGCUGGUUGGCAGGAGGGCUCAGGAUUUCCGGGGAAGAGGGGAGCCUGCCCCACCCCGGGGGGCCGGGGACAACGGGAGGGGAGGGGAGGAGGAAGAGGCCCGCCCCCUCCCCGUGCCACUGGAUAUCCCACCUCACGGCUCUCGGGGCCGAGACGGUCAUCGUGGCU